AUGCCGGCGAAGGAGUUCUCCGCUUUCCACACCGCGGACGGAGCUGCGAUGCAGGUGGUGAAAGAAUCAGGGGCCUCGAUUGGAGCCUCAAACCCGCAUAUACCCCAUUUUAUGGGGAAGAACAUGGCACUAUCGCAACAGCGGCUACGACAUCCUCAUUUUUUCCCCACAUCUUUCGAGGUCGUCAACAAAAGUGCGACGGCGGCUGAAAUUCGGGAUUUCUGCCGUCAGCUGAAAUCUCCACGCUCCCCGGGAGAUCUUCGCAACCUGGACGCGCAUACGAACGAGCUUCCGACAAACAUGACCUACGUAUCAAAUCAGCAUGCCGUGGAUACGUAUUUGGAGGAAGGCAGCAUCAGUGACAGAACGCUUGUCUGGAAGCAGGACCUGAGAAUUGUGCCGCUUUCGGCUGCCAUCUACCUUCUAUGUUACUUGGAUAGUUCGAAUACGAAUAUAGGUGAAUCCCUGCCCUCGGACAAUUGGAAUAACUAUAUGAAAAAUAUGUUGAGAUUAACACUCCCACUAGGAAAUGCAAAAGAUUGCCCUGAUGAUUUCCCUCAUGCAUAUGCCCUCUUCGAAGUACCAUCGAACUAUUUUUUCAAGACGUUAAACCUAGUACCACGUUUCGGCUGCGUAGAGAUGGAUUACUUUAAUAACUACGCCACUGUCACAGUGCUGCGUCUGCUUCUAGGCAUCUUUGAAGCCGGCCUGUUCCCAAGCUUGUGUUUUAUCUCACUUUCUGCUUUUGCUACCCUUGUGGGUGCUUUUGGUAGUGCCAUCGCCUUCGCUGUUGGACAUAUGAAUGGAACUCGGGGCUUAUCCGGCUGGCGAUGGCUCUUCAUCCUCGAAGGCAUCCCUUCAUGCGCAUCUGCGAUUUUGGUGUACUUCUUCCUUCCUGACUACCCAGAAACCAGCCUCUUGGCUCUCACCGGCAGAGAAGGAGCUUGCGAAGGAGAGGCUAAGAGUGGAGGGCUCUAA